GAUGAAAACUAUAACUACAGUAAACCAGCGUGACUUCAUAAUUACAGUUGUUCAGAAUAAUUUUGAACCCAGGUAUAUAUGUCAAUCAGAAGCUUUGCAAAGUAAUAUAUGUCAAAGUUCCUCAGAAGUAUUUACUUCUAUAUAUCAACAAGCUUUUUCUACAAAAACUAGAUUAGAUGGUCUCUUAGUUAUAGGUUAUAAUGAUUCAGAGAUAUGUAAAAUAUUACUUUCUGAUAUUUAUUUUCAUCCUUAUACUUUUAAAAUUGGAAACUUAAAUAUAAUUAUUUUCGAAAUUG